AUGAAAACAUGCAACAACUGUUUUGAAAACGUCAUCACAACAAACGGCAAUUGUUUAAUUGAAAGCACUUGCAAAUACCAACUCACUCAUAACGACCAGACUGUCUGUCUGAUCCACAACAAUAACACACAAGAAGGCAUCAAAGCCAACAACUGCAAAUACACACAAAACGAGUUUUGUUAUUUGGCAAAUGAAGGAUAUCACACAACAUUUAACACAGAUGGUAAUACUGCAAAUUGUGAGGAUGCAGAGAUCUGUCAAAUUGUAAAUGGAUAUAUAAUCAAUAUAUCAUGUAAAAGUGAAUUUGUGAUGACAACGAACGGUUUGUGUUCACAAGACUUUAACUGCGCAAAUUACAGUGGAAGUGUGUGCACAACAUGUCAACAAAACCAUCACAUUGCAAAUGGUGGAUGUGUUUCCAAUGACAACGAGUGUGUGAUUCAAAACAAAGAAAUUUGCAUUUUGUGUAGCAACAACAAAAUAACAGUUGAUGGGAAAUGCGUUUUAACAGAUUCAAUCAAAUGUAAAGAACAACUGCAUACUGAGAAGUUCAAAGGGUGUUUGCGAUGUGGUGAUGGGUAUUACAUAUCGAAUUCAGUUUGUGUGAGAUGUGAGUAUCCCUGCACACACUGCUCCAAUUUGAAGUAUUGCACAAAGUGUGAUGCGUACUCGUACACCAAGAAUGGCAAGUGUUUCGAAAUCAAUGAGAUAUUGGGCGUGUGUGAUGUGAUGAUGUCGACAUAUGAGGGGUGUGUUGCGUGCAAAGACGGGUACAUGCGAUCAAGUGAUGGCAAGCAGUGCGUUAAAUGUGACACGUCGUGUAAAACGUGUUCCAAUGAUGGUGAUUACAGACUUGAACAACUGUUUGAACAAGACGACGAGUGGGUGUACAUUGUGCGAAGGUGGUUUGCACUGAAAGACAAUUUGUGUUACAAAUGUGGUGAAAAUUGCACAACUUGUGAUGCCACUUUUGAAUGUUUAAAAUGUGGUGAUAACAACAUUCUGAAAGACAGCGUGUGUGUUCACUUCUCACAAAUACAAAAUUGCAUCUCAUCACAGAACUCCUUGUGUUGGGAGUGUGCAGAUGGCUACAAGUUGAGUGACGACAAAAUUGAGUGUUUUGCAAACACGAAUUAUGGUGUGGUUGUUGGUCUUCCAGUAGUGUGUGUUGCUGUUUUGGUUGUUAUAAUUAUCUCAAUUGUAAUAAUUGUUUUUCUGUUUGUGUUGAGAAAGAAAGAUAACAAACACGCUGAAAAUGUGUGUGUUUUUAAGAUGAGUCGCUCCAAUAUUAUGAUGACGAAACUUGAUGGCGACAUUCUAUCAAACAAAAAUAUGAUUUCAUUUGGUGAUGAAGACGACAAGAUCUGCAUUGAGACUGAAAGUCGCGAAUUGUUAUGUGUUGGCAACUCGUCUAAAAGUAACGUGAAAAUCCAAAUCACAACAAAAGACAAAUGCGACAAAUACAAAAUUCGCACAGAACCACAAAUUGUGACUUUAAAAAGCGGAUUUGCAUGUGAAUUUGAAGUAUUUAUAACGCCAUAUUGCACAAUGGAUUUGACUGAUGAAGUCAUGAUUGUUUCACUUGAUUUAAAAGGUGGUAAACAAAACACGACUUUGAUGAACAUCAAAGCACUGGUGGAACAAUCAACACGUCUUGAUUACGACGAAAUCAAAACAGAGAAGAAACUUGGUGAAGGGUCUUUUGGAAUUGUCUACAAAGGAACUUACAGAGAAAAUGUUGUUGCAGUCAAAAAGAUGAAACACGUUGAUAACUCAAAUGAUGAAAUUGGAAUGAUUGAAUUUACAAAAGAAGUUGAGAUGUUGGACAAAUUUCGGAGUGAAUAUAUCGUCCACUUCUAUGGCGCUGUGUUUAUACCAAACAAGACGUGUAUGGUCACCGAGUUUGCACAAUAUGGGUCUUUACAAGACUUGAUAACCACAAAACGAAUGACGAAAGACAUCAAACCAGACAAUAUUCUUGUGUUUACAUUUGAUGUAAAUGAUAAAGUGAAUGCUAAAUUGACUGACUUUGGAAGUGCAAGAAAUAUCAAUUUGUUGAUGACUAACAUGACAUUCACUAAAGGUAUUGGAACGCCAGUUUACAUGGCGCCUGAGGUGUUGAAAAAAGAAAAGUACACAAAAAGCGCAGACAUAUUUUCGUUUGGUGUCACUAUGUAUGAAGUGUUUGGGUGGACUAAUGCUUAUCCACUUGACGCAUUUAAGUUUCCAUGGAAAAUAGCAGAAUUUGUGAUUUGUAUGAAAAUAUACAGAUGUGUUGGGCUCAAGAAAAAGCAAACAGAGCAUCUAUUGAUAACAUAA